AUGUCACUUAGCUGUUGGUGAUGAGUAACAUAUUGAGCCGCAUAUAUCACGUGCUUUACAUCCAUCCCUCUAUCUUCGCUCUAUCGACAAGACACCACCCGCCAUGCAGCGAUGCCCCCGACCGCAUCCGUGGUAACGACAGAAGGCGGUCUGACGGUGACGCGCGAUGCGCCCGCGCCGACGACGGUCAGCUACACAAUUACCAACCAGACGCGCGGCAGAUCCGCCGGCGCGCUGCUCGUGCGCGCGUACCGGCUCGCAUGUCUGGUCUUCUUCCUCGGCGCAUGCGCGCACUCGCUCUCGCGGUUCAGGAGCGCGGUCGUCGGGCUGCCGUUUGGUGUCACUGUGCAGGUUUAUGACCGCGUGCAAGUCACUGUUGCUUCGUCCACUUACUCUUUUCCAAACUAUCUCCUCGUCAUCCUCGCAAUCUGCCUGUUCUGCUCAUCAUACAUCUACCGAGGCUAUGCGCAAGACUCGAUCCUGGUGAUGCACGACUUUGGCAUCGAGCUCAAGAGCGCAGGCGCAAUGCGCUUCUCGUCGUCUUCGCAGUUCAUUCCUAUCGAAUUGAUCCAGGACAUCGUCAUCAACGAAGGGUUUCGCGGCUUUGAAGUGAUUUACUAUCUCGCUGUCAUCGUCAAAGGCCGGGGACGGUUGUUGGUGAUCUUUCCUAAUACGCUGCCGAAAAGAAACGAGGUCGAGUACAUCUGGCGCGACAUCAGACGCUGCAUGUACCAAACCCGAGUCUCCAUGUCAGUCGACAAAGACGUCUACGCAAAGUACGAGGUCACCUACUAAUCCCUCUCUCUGUACUUUUACUUUCAUCACACUAUCAUUCUUUGUAAAAUUUGUGUACUUCUCGGCCUGGCGUUAUCGAUCGUUUCCUAGUAAACAGCAAUCUGUACAAUAUUCGUGUUGCAUUAGCUACUAUCCUCAUAUUUGCAUCGUUACUUGAAUACAUCU